GGGAAUGCGAAGGGUUAAGGUCUGUUCCAUAAACUCCCACUUAAGGAUCUCCUCUGGCAGCCUGUGGUGGGGCUUAAAAUCCUGAUUUGACAGAUCACAUUUUACUCACAGGCACCAAGAAAAUAGCCAACCACUGCCUGCACUGCGCUUCUGCUCUUUAACGUGGCAGAACACAUCCAGAGUCUUUAGAUACAAUGGGGACGAGGCAGCGAAUGCUCUUAUCAGCAGUCAUAUUUGCAUCCUGGGUGCUCUCAGCAUCUGGUGCACAAUAUCACACUCACAGGCAUCACAGACUGCAGGAUGUAGCACUUACUGAGGAAACCGAUGUGAGGGCACAGAGGAAUAAGAGAGCCCUUCUGCCUGCCGACACCCCUGAUGACUCUACCCCAUUGCCGCCUGGAGGAGACCCUUCAGACCUUCCAACUUGUCUACUGUGUGUGUGUCUAACUGGAUCUGUCUACUGCGAGGAGGUCGACCCAGAUAUGACAUCAGUGCCUACUCUGCCAAAGGAGACAAACUACCUCUACGCUCGGUACAACAAGAUAAAAAAGAUAACAGCCAAAGAUUUCGGAGAUAUAGUGACUCUGAAGAGAAUCGACUUCACUGGAAACAUCAUUUCUGAGAUUGAAGAUGGUGCAUUUGCUAAGCUUUCCAUGCUAGAGGAGCUCUCGCUAGCCGAAAACCAGCUGGUCAAGUUACCAAUGCUUCCGGCCAAAUUAGUCUCCUUCAAUGCUAAUCACAACAAACUGAGGACCAAAGGAAUCAAGUCAAAUGCUUUCAAGAAAUUAAGCAAACUGGCACAUCUGUAUCUUGCUCAUAAUGAACUGGAGGCCGUUCCUCUCAUUCCAGAGACUGUCCGCACACUUCACCUGCAGAACAAUAACAUUUCAAGCGUGACCGUGGACACCUUCUGCAAAAGUAACAACACAUACUACAUCCGCCCCAACAUGAACGAGAUCCGUAUGGAUGGAAAUCCCGUCAUUCUUGGCCAGUACCCCAGCAGUUUCAUAUGCCUGCAGUCUCUGCCAAUUGGGCGAUACCAAUGAAAACCAAAUGGAAGAUACUCCGCAGUGAGAAGUCUUUGGAUGGCCAAUGAUGAUGGCUAAAACCGAGAAGCAAAAGUCAUUCAAUCUCCUGGUGCCUGAGCACAGACGAGUGUACAAAAAGUUAAUACCAUGAGAAUCUGUAUUAUAUAUCUAAUUAUGUAACAGCUGCCCAAACACUUAGAUUUUCUUUUGAUAUUGACUUUGUAGAUGAACCUAAACCACAAGUCUUUGAAAGAAUAACUUAAUAUCCAUUGUAAAUAACCACUGGGGGCUACUGCUUAGUAAAAUGUGAGAUCAUGAAAAGCUGCAGUCAAGCUUCUAGUGUUCCUCAGAACUCUGUGAAUUUCUGACACUUUCUAGUACUGUUAAAAUGUCUUACUUUAGCUGAAAUUAAGAUGCCUGUUAAGUGAAAUAGAGGGCGAGGAACUCAUUCCAAGUUCUGAGUCACUGUUCUUUCCCAGCUGACUUUUACUUUAAAAUUCUGAAUAUUAUUUAUAUGCUAAAUUUGUAAUUACUACCUAUGUGUGAAUUAAACAUGAAUAGAUUGUACAGUAAAACAUUGUAUGAACUCAACGUGUAAUGUUCACUUUAGUUGUUCAAAUACACUUUUUUUUU